AGUUAUCCAAUUUAAAUGCCAGUGAGAUCCAUCGAAACACCUAGCAGCUCUUUCUUAAUAGCUUAUAAGCUGAAUCUAAGCGGUCAUACUGGGAAUCUAAGUGGUUCAGGCCUCCAAGUUCCAACGCAGAAGAGAAGAAUCCAGUCCAUGGGAAUCGAGAACGCGACAACAAGCGUACGAGUCCUCUGCCGCAAGCUCUUGAUCUCCCGAAACGAUCCAGGCCUUCUUCAAUGGUUGAUCGGGUCUCCAUUCUUCCCUCCUUUCACAAUCAUCUCCACCUUACGAUGCGUCGAAGCCCUCCCCCCCGAUUUCUCCAAAGAAUCAGACGAUCUUCGGACUCUACUGCCGAAGGGCUUCGAAGUGAUCGGAGCGUUGAUUGUUAGUAACAGCUCCGCCGAUUCUGAAAAAACGGCGAGGGAGGCCGUUGAGGCCUCGCGGAAGCUGAGGAGUUUCCUUUAUGGCUCUGAGAGUCGAGAUUUGGUCGGAGCUGUUGCGGAUUUGAGCGCUGACAGUGUUAGGUAUUUUGUAUCGAGGUAUGGGAGCUCGACUAGGAUUGAGUCUGUCGAUGAUGUUGUCUACGAGGAUCAGUCUGAGAAGUAUCUUUGGGAGAGUGGUUGUAUACUUCGAUGCCAUCUACCGAUCAAGUUGCCCGUUUAUUGUCCUGUGGACAAUCCGAAAGAAGCAGAGGAUAUGUAUUUGCGAUCUGUGGAUGCCAUUGCUGAUAGAUUUAGAGAUCCACAAGUCACAUACCUCAUACAAACACUAAAUGAACACACAACCGAAGUACUUCACCCAGUUGUUCUUCAUGGUAGGGAAUUGGAUUUUAAGACUGAUAUCCGGAAUACUGGUGUUUCAAGUGAACCUGCUGAUGAAGCUGGUGCAAAAUCUUUGGCAUGUUUGUACUUUUGUUCAAAGAGUGAAGCGCUCUCAUCAUUUACUUCUAUAGAGGAGGAUGCAGAUAAGAUCCAAAUAAGUGUCUUACUUAAUAGAUCGGAGAAUUUUCCCCAACCUGCUACUCCUUUUGCUGAAUAUUUCCCAGCUUCGAAAGAAACAAAACUUUUGAUUGCAGAUUUUAAGUUAGACGUGCUAUGUUAUGCAGCCAAGGAUUUUCCACUUAAACAAGCAGUUGCAAAGUUAAUCAUACCUGGGUUAAUUGACCAGUUGUAUACCUUGAAGAACUUAUUCUUGCCCAAUCUCUUGGGACAACAUCCCCUGCAAUUCAAGUACAAAGAUGGUGGUGGAUAUGGGACAUUUAAGAAGCACUUGAAUAGCAAGCAUCCAACUCAAGUGGGUCUUGACAAGACACAAUACUCAAAUAGCCGGCUACGUCCAUAUCACUUCAGUCCUCCAGGGGUUUUACAUCCAGUAACUGUUAUCUAUGAUGUCAGUUGCGGUGAGACAGAAAUGAAGCAAGUUGAAGUUAGAAGAUCUCUACAUUUGAGGUUGGGAUUACCUUUUGAUCGGCCUCUCCUAAGAAUAGUCAAUGCCAUAAAUUUAUCCACACAGAAGGACCGUACAAGAGGCACAUCAAUAUGUUCCCCUAUUCUGAAGGAUGUACAUCUUGGUAUUCCAAGCAGUGAGGUUUCUGGUGGUGUUAUCUCCACAGUUCAAGGUUCUUAUGAGUACUAUCAUUAUCUUCAAGAUGGAUUUGAUGAUUUGGGCUGGGGUUGUGCCUAUCGUUCUCUACAAACUCUCGUUUCAUGGUUCAGGCUUCAACACUACACAUCCAUUGAUGUUCCUUCACACAGGGAAAUACAGCAGUCACUUGUAGAGAUUGAAGAUAAGAAACCUUCAUUUAUAGGGUCACGGGAAUGGAUCGGAGCUAUCGAGUUAGGCUUUGUUUUAGAUAAACUUCUUGAUGUCACUUGUAAAGUCAUCAAUGUCGGAUCAGGAGCUGAGCUCCCUGAAAAAUGUCGAGAGCUUGCUUUGCAUUUUGAGAACCAGGGAACACCAGUUAUGAUUGGUGGAGGAGUUCUUGCAUAUACCCUUCUGGGAGUGCAUUACAAUGAAGCAAAUGGAGAUUGUGCAUUUCUCAUACUUGAUCCUCACUAUACCGGCAGUGAUGACCUAAAGAAAAUCAUCAAUGGUGGAUGGUGUGGGUGGAAAAAGGCUGUUGAUUCCAAGGGAAGACAUUUCUUUCUACAAGACAAGUUCUAUAACCUUCUGCUGCCACAGAGGCCCAACAUAGUUUGAUCAACAUGUCGACUCGACUUGGGGUGGUCAUGAAUUUUGAGUUGCGGAAGCAGUUUCCUCGCAAGAUAACGGUAAGGUUAUAUAAAAAAGUAACAAAACGAGCAUAGUCGCUGAUGAAUUAUACCUGGAUUUACUCCUCAUCACUGAUGGGAUCAGGUGACGGGGCACUCAGAAGGGGGCGUAAUCUCAAAAAAGAAACAAAACGACUCCCAAUGAGUAAAGUGCUUGUAACAAAUGUAUAAUUUCAUCUUCAAAGUCCAAAUGCCUGAAUUUUGGCAGUACUCAUCGAAGUAUCUUGUUCUCUUUAGGAGACUAUGCAUAUUCAUUUAGUUUGUUUCUCAAAACUUAAAUUUGGCAUUAAUCAA